UAUCCCUCAUUCACCCACCGCAGGCUUUGGAACUCCGUCCGGACACCUUCCCGAUCCUUUCUUCGAGUAUCUGGGCUUUUGCCUUCUGUCUUGGAGGAUUGCGCGAGAUCGGCGGUAGCAAGAGACGCGUUCAAGAUGAUGCAGGGACCAUUUCCUCCUCAGCCCGGCAUGCAAAUGCAACAGGGGCAUAUCAUGGGCGCUCCUGGCCCCGGCCAUCCCAUGCAGCAAGGCAUGAUGCAUCAAGGCGUGUCUGGUCCGGGUGGUCAUGUCAGCCAAGCUGGCCCUAUGGGGAUGCAGUCGGGCGCCCCCAACGCGCACGCGCUGUCACAUCUACAGCCUCAACAGGCGCACAUGUUCCAGCAGCAGCAACAGCAGCAACAACAGCAUCCUGGAAUGAUGAACCAGCAAAUGAAUCCAGCCCUCGUGCAGCAACAUAACGCACAGCGAGCAGCACUGCUGCACCAGCAACACCAGCAGGCAAUGCUACAGAACCACCAAAACGGGAUGGGCAUGGGUUUUCCCCAGCAAUUGAACCCGCAGCAAAUGGCCGCACUGCAACGACAAAUGGCUGGGGGACCCAUUGUCAACCUUCCUCCGCAUCUUCGCCAACAGUUUCAACAACAACAAGCCAUGCAACAGCAACAAGCGCAGCAGCAGCAUGCGACGAGCAAUCCGCAAGCGGCCGCUAUGGCUCAAGCACACGCAGCGCAGAUGAGCCAGCAAGCUGCCCAAGCCCAAGCCCAAGCUGCCGCACAACAGGCCCAUCAACAGCAGCAGCAACAAAUGCAGCAGGCACAGCAACAGCAAGCCAUAGCCAUGCAACAUGCGGUGUCUCAACAGAGUAACCAUAGCCAGUCUGGCUCGCAAGUUGGCCCUGCAACCUCACAAGGUCCGCAGCAAGGACCGUUACGCCCACCUUCCGCCAUGAGCCACCAGGGGCAGGCGUCUCCUGCUCCGCAGCCCACACCGCAACAGCAACCACAACCUGCUCCGCAGCCAAGACAACAGACCCCAGCGCCGAACCAGACUCCUAACAUGCCGAACCAACCGAAUCCACAGCAACCAACACCGGCUCAGAUACAGCAGCGGCAGGCUCAAGCUAUGCAACAAGGAGGCAUGCAACAGGGACAGGUCAAUCCAGCCGCCGCGCAAGCGCAAGCGGCGCGGAUGGCUAUGAUGAGACAGUCUCAGAAUCAACAGAACCAGAACCAGAACUCGAACUCGCAGGGCGGACCCGGGAUAUUAAAGCUCAUGAAUUUCGUCGACCAGCUUGGAAAGUACAGCGCUUCCCGCGCAGAGCAUCUGAAUCAACUCUCGACAUGGCAGGCGUUUGUGGAGAAAUUCUUUUCCGAGACCGGAGCCUUUCUGCACGUUGCAUACAACAAAAACACUCACCGGACAAAGAUGUUCGAGGUCGUCUACGCAGCUCUACCGCGCUACUUUCUCUCGCAUUUCAGCACCGACGUUGAGAAUCUGCAAGUCACAAUCGACGGGGCCAUAGAAAGAAACAUCGGCACUGAAACGAAAGUCGAAUGCGACCGGGCCAAGUUCAUUUACACUUACAAGAACCAAUGUCAAGUCAUCUGUCAUGGUAAACUCACAGCUUUUUGGACCGGUGGCAACAACAAAAUGGAAUGGUUGCAAUUCGAAACGCAAGGUCAUCACCAGAUGAUCCCCCGCGGCCUUUUGGAGACACUUUUCCAACAAGAAGAGAUAAACCCAAUGAAUGCCCAGCAAUCACCGCGCAUGAGCAAGAAGAACCAGAAGAAUCAACAACAACGUCAACCUCAGGAGGCCACGAUGCCCUUAUCGAAGCUGCCCAACGUGGGUAUGAGUGAAUGGGGGUUACCGCCGGGGCUAUUCCACUAUCUUGAGAUCUAUGAAACCAUGAACAACAUGACAAGUUUGAUGACCCACUACCACGAAAACCCCGACCUCACACCCGCGGCAGCCAUGGAGAAUUGGACACGGGAGAUGUCCGCUGGUAACCCGAUGGCGCAACCGAACGCGGCCCGCAUGCAGGGCGGCAUGCCCCCCGGCCAAGGAAUGCAGCAACCACAGCCAGGUAUGCCCGCCGGUUCGCGCACGCCCUCAGGCAUGGGUCAGCCAGGUUUACCGCCAAACCAGUUUAUGUCGCCAGCGAUGCAGAACGGGCUCCUCCCCAACGGGCACAUGAGCUCGCCUAGCCUCAUGCAGCAGAACCACACGCCCUCGCCCGCAUCACAUGCCAUGGCGCACCAGCAGAGCCAGAGCUCCAAUACGGCCAGCGUCAACACGUCCCCAAACGUCAGCAACAAGCGGCGAAGAAGUACGGCGAAGAUAGACGUUGACGACGGCGGGGGCGAUGCCAACGGCGUGCCCAAGGUCAAGCCGAGUCCCAGGAUAGGCGGCAACAAGAGAGUCAAGAAUAACAACUGAGCCUCGCGUCCAGUCGUCCGUCUGUCCGUUCCUUACCUCGUUGGUUCGAUGCUGCAUUUCAUCUAUAGCGUGGCGUUUCUCCAGGCUGGUCCGUUCUCCAUACUUGGCGCC